CAACCAAUGUGACCGUUAACUUGAAUCUCAGCCAACAAAACGCCUCUGCUUCCCCUGUUUUUCUUCCGUGCACUCAAUCGAAGAACAAUGGCUUUCGAUUACGCAUUCACCGGAGGCGAAAUGGAAAUCGAUGACGGCCUCGGGUACCCAAAAGCCUACGCGAAGCUCUGCCGCGACCGCAGCGUUGGACCUUACAGCCAUGGCCCUCCUUUCACUUUCAUGCCUUACUGUCUGCAGCAAGAGGAGGAUCUGAGAGCAAGAGAUUUAGAGCAGAUGUUUCCGGUUAUUGACCCGAAAGCGAAACCUACUGCCAGGCCGAAGAUUUUCGUCAGUCUUUUGUGGAAGCAGCUCAACCACCUUGGGAAUGCCGGCUUUGAUCCUGCGGUAAUUCGAGUAGACUCGUAUGGCAACGUUCUGUAUUUCCAUGCUGAUUCUGCUUCUCCUCUUGCUUGGGACAUAGAUCACUGGUUUCCUUGCUCAAGGGGAGGAUUGACUGUCCCAAGCAAUUUGAGGAUACUGCAAUGGCAAGCCUGCAAGAGGAAGCAUGACAUGCUUGAAUUUCUCAUUCCAUGGUGGGAUUUUCAGUUGGGUAUAUCCGUCAACCAGUUCUUAUCGAUAUUUGCUUCUACCAAUGCCGAUUUCAGGCACAGGGCAUUCUCGUUUCUCUUCGCUGAAGGUGAAUGCGAGGAGCUCAAUUCUUCACAGACGGUAGAGUCCCACGCUUUUCCGCAACAUUAUGUGGAAUCGAAAGAGCAUUUGGGCCUAGCUCCGGCUGCCAUUGUUGUAUCUCGAAGAGAGUCAUAUGGUUCUUCAUCUGCUUUGAAAUCCCUGGACUACAAUAAGCAGAUAAGGCCACAAUCUCCUGCAAUUGCUGCAAGAAAUGGGAAACAUGCAGUUUUGAAAGAAAAUGAGAACCCGGAGUUCGUUAGAAACCCAUACCAAGCGAUUGUCAUGGCAAGAGAUUCCCUAAAACAAAGGGAACAAACUGCAAAGAUGCAGGCUGAGAUACACAACUUGGAUGAUGAAGUGAAUGAAUUGAGGCGAAAAAAUGAAGAUGAGAAGCUCACCAUUCAAAACUUGGAGCUGACGUUGAUAAAGCGAAGGAGAAGAGCAGAGAAGUGCCGGCGACUAGCAGAGGCACAAUCAUCAUAUAGGACCACACUCGAAAAGAUGAUUCGAGAUGCUAUGCACCAGUCUGUCAUUUACAAGGAGCAACUGAGACUGAACCAAGCUGCAAGUAGUGCGCUCAUGGCAAGACUUGAGGCACAAAAGGCAAUAUGUGAUGCAUCGGAGAAAGAACUUCAUAAGAAAUACAAACAAAGAGAUGAGCUUGAGACACAGAUACGGCCUGAAUGGGAACAAGCAAGGAAAAGGUCGAGAAUGGAUGAUGCAUUAGCUGAGGAGAGGGAUAGCAAGAUGGUCCUUUGUCUACCAGCAACCAAGCCAAGAACGCCUUUACGUAAGGAACUAAGGGUAUUUCUAGAGGAAGAACAGAAGGCAUCUGAUGCUGCUUUAUCACAGAAUGAAGACGAUAGAAGAAUUCAACUGUACGAGGAACUGGAAAGACCGAAAAAACGUUUGUCUAUUGACAACCUCAGAGAGCAGGCCAGAUACAGUGUUGCAUUAGAGGAUGAGAGCUUGUUAGAGAAUCAAAUGCGGACACUGCAAAUAGAAGGGAAGCACAAAUUUCAAUUCCCUGUCAUUCGAGAACCAGAGAUUGUGGAAGAUGAAGAGAGCAGAAAAGAACGUGGCAAGGGGAAUGUAGAGAAGUGGCUUCAGAUUCUGUUGGAUAGUUCUCCAGAAGAGUUGGAUCCUAAGAAUGAAAGUGCAAAUGAAGAGCACAGGACCGGUGAUAUAAUCAGUCAAGUUGAAGAAGGUGCAAAUGAAAAACACAGGACCAGUGAUAUAAUCAGUCAAAUGAAUUUGAAGUACCCACAGGAAGUCAAGAAUCUUAAGUGUCCAGAGGCUGAUGCUAAAGCAGGUGUACUGAAGCAGCAGUUAAUUGUCCAAGAGAAGAAUGAAAAUGCACAUCAAGUGCAUACUCCUGUUAAGGUCCUUAAGGGAGUUGUUAGCAGGAAGAGUUUUGAAGGGAGGGAAAGAAGGGACCAUAGUAACGGAAAGGAAAGAAAACUUACAAGGUCUGAGAGUGCUAGAGUCUUUCGACGAAUCCCAUCUUCUCCAUCUAUAAUUUUGGGCAUGAAAAAGGGUGUUGACUGCAUACGAAAGAAGCCCAUGGUAACCAGUGAUGAUGAAGAGAGCUAUGCUACGGGAAACAAAUUUAUGAAGUCAUCUAUAAAAACAAUCAAGAAAGGAGUGAAAAUAUGAACAGAAGUUCAGUUGCACGUCUAUUUUUCAACUGUAUUCAUUCUUUUUCUUCUCCAUUGUAUUCCUUAUAAAUUUUUCUUAGGUAUGUUUUUCUUCAGUAAAGAGUGCAAGCAAGGCGAUGACGCCUUCAACUGUAUUCAUUCUUUUUCUUCUCCAUUGUAUUCAUUUAUAAUGUUGUUUGUGUAUAAGAUUGAUUUGCGAUGACA